GCGCUGUACUUUGGCUCUGACCUCCCGACUACCUGAAAGACAAUACAAAACCUCCUCAUUCGUACACACAGACACACACACACACACACACUUAUCUGUCUGUCACGCACACCAGAGUCCAGGACGCCGUACACAAGGAGUCACAGAGCCAGCACGCGUCAGGAUCACAUGCGGACAAUCAGCACUUGGCUGUUUUUGCUUAGGUAGUGGAGGUGGUGGAGAGUUGGUGUUCACUCCGACAAACAGCACACUACAGGUCGUAAGCAUGGAGCCCCUGGAGGAGUACCACUCUCCGUUUGACUUUGAGCAAGGAGUCAACACCAACUACCUCUACCUCUCCCCGGCCUACAGCGACACGCCGCCCAGCUCGCCAACUGUCAAAACCAGAGGUUCCCAGCAGCAUCCGGACCCAGUCCCAGAGAUGGGAGAAGAUGCAAUGACGUCCGUCGGUCCCUCUUCCCCUCCCCCCACCAUGACAGAGGAGGAGCGGCAGGAGCUGCAGGAGGAGUUGGUCAAGGUUGAGGAUGAGAUCCAGACUCUGUCCCAGGUGCUGAUGGCCAAGGAGAAGCGGGUGGCGGACAUUAAGAGGAAGCUUGGCAUCACACCUCUCAACGAGCUGAAACAAAACAUCACCAAAACCUGGCAAGAAGUCACCACCUCCACCGCCUAUAGGAGGACAUCUGAAACGCUGUCUCAGGCGAGUCUGAAGGCUACAGCUGCGUUCUCCAAUGUGGGUUCUGCCAUCAGCAGAAAACUCGAGGAUGUCAGGAACGCGCCAACUUUCAAGUCAUUUGAGGGGAGAAUGGAGACGUUUAAGGGCAAGACCAAGAUGAGUCCAUCAGCAUCCACCACUAACCCUGACAACCAGGACGGCGGCGGCGGCCCUGCCUCUGAGUCUUUGCUCAGUCAGCCUGAAGACUUGCCCUCCCAGGAGGCGCCGAUGAACUAAGACCUGACCUCCCAGCCGCCCCUCCUCACUUGACCCUCUGACCCCGGGACCAUCAACACUUGCCCCCUAAACUUUUGUGUGUCAGUCUCCCUUUAUUGAAAACAAAUGACUUACCACAGCCUUCCUUGUGAUCUGAUUGUCUGGUCCUUUUUGUCUGACACGUGCGCUCACUUGUUAACCAGUGUGGGUACUGAAAACGUGGGACGGGUGCAGGCAUGUGGUCUCGUGCCGAUCGUAUGUUCUUGAGUCUAUCCUGACUCGCUGUGAGAGAAAUCCCCCCCCCCUGCUGUGCUGCUUUGCUUUUCCUCCUGCACUCCUUACUUCUCUGCCUUUGUCUAAGCAGCAAAGCUCAGAUGCCAAACGUGUUCAUAGUUAAUUUGGUUCUUUAUCAAAUUGACACCGUUUCACAUUUUAUGUUUGCUUGAGUAGAAAAUUGCACAAAUGUAGAAAGAUUUAUACAUGUAGAAAGUUGAGUAGAAAAGGGUUUACACAGAGCUUUGUUCUUUUUAUGUGAACCAGGCAGAUGUUGGCUUGUUGCUUUUGCAUGGCCCUUAUUAUAUGUUGGAGUUACUGUUAAGCACUAGUUUUGUCUGGCUCCAUUUUGGGGCCAUUCUUGGUUUACUAUGGGUUUCCAUUGUGGGGCCGAUGUGAUUUCUGUCUCCUCGUUAUAUGAAUUUUAGGAAACCACACAAUCUAAAAUUAGUCUAACACUGUUCAGAGUAUGAAUGUAUGCCUUUUUGUGUCGUCUGGAUGCAACACUUUGUAUAAUUUAACCCACAGUAGUGAGCUACUGAUUCAGUGUGUCACGACUGCAGCCCCCUUGGCUCCAAAGCUGGAAUUUCAAAGCACACUUCAGAAUAAAAACCAUCCCUUUUUUCCAUUGUUAA